AUGUGUAACAACUCGUACUGCACGGGGCUCACAGUGGUAGUCUUCAUUCACGGAGGAGGUCUUCGCGCGGGCGGGAACGCGGACCGUCUGCACGAAGGCUCCGUUCUCGCAGCUCAGGGCCAAGUUGUCGUAGUCGUGCCGAACUACCGCCUUGGCGUGCUCGGGUUUCCCAGCAGAGACAUAGUCGGUGCGGCCAGGAACCCGGGACUACUGGACCUCGCGAUGGCGCUCGGCUGGGUGCGCGAGAGCAUAACCGCCUUUGGCGGAAACGCGAAGAACGUCGUCCUGUUCGGCAGCGGGUGGGGCGCUUACUUGGCCGGCCUAUUCCUCGUCUCGCCGAAGCUCAGGAGCUACUUCGCCACGUUCAGGAUCAUCCUCGGCAGCGGAUCACCCCUGCUCAAGUCUAGCCACGAGCAUCAGACCGAAGAACACUGGAACGGCUUUCUCAGCGCCGCGGGCUGCGGUGACGCUGACGAGAAUGCUACGCUGGAGUGCCUGCGAAACGCGACAGCUUCGAGCCUCGCCGUGGCGCAAGACCAGUUCCCGGGCGCUGUGGGAGUCCUGUUUCCCGACGACUUUGUCCUGCCGGAGCCGCCUGCGGAGUUCGUAGCUGAAGUCCGCACCUACUCGUCGGUCGAGGUGCUCUUGACUAACGUUGUUUCGGAAGGACGGGCCGAAUACCAGCGCCUUUUCGAAAAUAACCCGAAUGGCACUGAUUUGAGCGUCGAGAGCUUAAUGAGCAUGGUCGGACUCGCCGCUUCUCAACUUGCCUAUCAGAACCAUGUAGAAUUGCAAGCCGCGGUGAGCAACCUGUACAAGGAAUACGGCGCAAGGCGCGGCGGUGUGGGUGCCGAGUUUCUGGGUGACGUGCGGUACAACUGCCCGUCCGUGCUGUUCGCUAAGAGACUGUGCAGGGGCCGGGCGCGCGUCGUGCACUUGCUGAUUGCCGAGCCAGCUACCGCCGGACAUGCAAGUGCCACUUUCUCCUGUUCUACAGAGAACUCCUAA